CAUCAUAUUGCGACACCAUCUGCAGCUACCGCGGGAAUGUAGUUUUUAACAGUGACAACGCCAAAUAGGUGUUGUUUACAUAGUCAAAUAUUUUUGAACGAGCAAUGUUUUGGAAGUGUCAUUUGGUUCGGUCGAGAUCUAGGUCACCGGUUAUUUCAUACGUCUGAUAUUAUGGACAUAUUUGGGCGUUUUGUUGUGAAUUUGCUCUUCCGGGGUGCUAGCCAGUCAGCUAGAUAGUUAGCUAAAUUACACAACUAGUGUCACUUCAGGGAAAUGUGUUUCUUGUGACACAACGGAAACCUAAUUUCACAGUGGUUCACACCUCCAAGAGUUGGUCCUUUAUUGUCGUGUUAAUCGAAGACCCGUCUUAUACAGGAUUCCUCCGGAAUUUGGCCUGCUUUCGAAGAGUCGCGAUGCUGAACGUCCCAUCCCAGUCGUUCCCUGCAGCCAGCUCUCAGCAGCGUGUUGCUCCAGCCGGUCAGUCCGGCAGGAACAAGGUAGCAUUGAAGCCUGGCCACAGUCUGAUGGACUGGAUCCGUGUGGCUAAGAGUGGCCGGGACCUGACAGGGCUGAGAGGCAGACUUAUAGACGUCACGGAGGAGGAGCUGCAAAAACACAACACACGUGAUGACUGCUGGACCUGCAUACGAGGCAUGGUUUAUAAUGUGAGCCCCUACAUGGAUUUCCACCCUGGAGGAGAGGAGGAACUGAUGAAGGCAGCUGGGAUAGACGGAACAGACCUUUUUGACCAGGUCCACCGGUGGGUGAACUAUGAGUCCAUGUUAAAGGAGUGUCUGGUAGGGAGGAUGGCUCUGAAGGUCAGCACUGCUCUCAAAGCUCAGUCUGUGAUAAAGGACAGCAUCACUCAUUUAAAUGGUCUAGCCCCCCCUCCUCCGCCCACCUCCAUGCUCCCUCCUGCUUUCCUCACCCCUCCCUCACCCUCCUCAUCACUGCAACCCUCAGCCGCCCCGCCACCAACCCAACCCAAAGAUGCCCGGCCCAGGUAUGACUGGUUUCAAACUGAUGUCACAGUCAAUAUUGUGGUUUACACCAAACGGAAGCUCCCAAGCUCUGGCUGUACCAUAGUUGACCUGCAAGAUGGUGUUCUACGGGUGGAAGUUCUUCUGGGGAAAAUGUCCUACAUACUGCGACAACGUCUAGCCCAAGAAGUAGAUGGAAACGUUGCUGUCCACACAGCAUGUGCUGUGGGGAAGAUUCAGGUCAGCAUGCGUAAAGCAGCCAAAGGAAAGUGGGAGGAGCUUGGUGAACCACUGGAAUUCCAUGAUUCUCUUUUCAGGAAGAAAGAUCGAGCCAUCUUCUACAGAGAGUGUAUGUUAGUUUCUAAGACAGCAGUCACACACGACACCUGGGUGUUCCGGUUACAACUCCCUCUAGGGACACUCAUGCACGUGCCGGUUGGGAAACACAUCUACCUCAAGUCCCUCAUCCAAGACAGUGAGGUGGUGAAGCCCUACACGCCAGUCGAGGAAACACUGGUACCAGCUACAAUGGACUCCACACAGGGGACUGCAGCCACUGACAUCUUCCUCAUGAUCAAAGUCUACCCAGAUGGAGUGUUGACUCCACACCUAAACAACCUCAACAUCGGUGACUACCUGUCUGUCAGCAGCCCAGAUGGUCCGUUCAGUCUCCGCCUCCUGCGCGAGGUCACUCACCUCUACCUGUUAGCAGCCGGCACGGGGUUCACGCCGAUGGCUCGGGUGAUCCGAUUGGCUCUCCAGGACCUGGGCUCACUCAGGAAAACCAAGCUGAUGUUCUUCAACAGACAGGAAAGAGACAUCCUGUGGCACUCUGAACUUGACGGCCUCGUAGCUGAAGAUGAGAGGUUCCAGGUGGAGUAUAUUCUGUCAGAGCCGUGUGAUGGGUGGACAGGCAGGAAGGGGCGGGUUGAGGCCUCCAUGCUGACUGACUUCCUGGUUAGGCCUGAGGGGUCAAAGGUCUUUGUGUGUGUGUGUGGCCCCUCAGCCUUCACCGAGCUGACUGUGGGGUUGGUGAGACAGCAUUGUUUCAGUGAAGAGGAGAUUCAUGUUUUCCAGGGCUGAGUGUCAGUCUCAGAAAUUACAGCCUGAGGUGCCAACGGGACAUUGAGAGAACUGUGUGUGUGUGUGUGUGUGAGAGAGAGAGAGAAGUGUGUGUGUUUGAGAGAAAGGAGACACAAUUUGUGAGAGAGUGUGGGAGAGAAGAGAUGUUAUUGGGCUGCCGGCCAAUGUGUUUUUUGGAACAAUGUCUUUCUAUGCACUGUAGACUGAACUGAUGGACUUCUGUGGUUAGCAGCUCUGUCUCUCUCUAUUUCUGUGUGUCUCCGUCUUACUCUCUCUGGUGCUUUGAAACAUGGGUGGACAGUCAUUCUCUCUGGACGCCAAGGAUGUGACUGCUGGUGAAUCACACACAAAGGAUGAAUGGCCAAUUACCCAGCAGCACUGAACCCUCAGGUCAACAUCAUCAGCUGUCUCUCUCAUCUGUCUCUCUCUGUACCAGAAGUCUUUGAACUGUCCUGUCCUUGUGCUCUCCUCUGCUCUGACGAGAGCGAGAGAGAGAGAGGGGGGUCUGGGGUUGUUUAUGAGAGGUCACUACCAUGUCUUACAUACUGUAUAUCAAUCUAUUGCACAGUCCCACACAUCCGCUACAUUGUGAUGUUAUUUUUGCUGUCGCUUCCCCCCCUCCCCACCCCAAAAAGCAGGACUUUGUGAGCGUUUAAUUUUUAGUUCUGAUCAUUACAUCUUUCUUUUGUUGAAGAAGUAAUGAGAAUUUCCAACCUGCUGUUGGCAUAUGAGACAUCCUCCAUAUGAGACAUCCUCCAUAUGAGACAUCCUCCAUAUGAGACAUCCUCCAUAUGAGACAUCCUCCAUAUGAGACAUCCUCCAUAUGAGACAUCCUCCAUAUGAGACAUCCUUCAUAUGAGACAUCCUCCAUAUGAGACAUCCUCCAUAUGAGACAUCCUCCAUAUGAGACAUCCUCCAUAUGAGACAUCCUUCAUAUGAGACAUCCUCCAUAUGAGACAUCCUCCAUAUGAGACAUCCUCCAUAUGAGACAUCCUUCAUAUGAGACAUCCUCCAUAUGAGACAUCCUCCAUAUGAGACAUCCUCCAUAUGAGACAUCCUCCAUAUGAGACAUCCUUCAUAUGAGACAUCCUCCAUAUGAGACAUCCUUCAUAUGAGACAUCCUCCAUAUGAGACAUCCUUCAUAUGAGACAUCCUCCAUAUGAUACAUCCUUCAUAUGAGACAUCCUUCAUAUGAGACAUCCUCCAUAUGAGACAUCCUCCAUAUGAGACAUCCUCCAUAUGAGACAUCCUUCAUAUGAGACAUCCUCCAUAUGAGACAUCCUUCAUAUGAGACAUCCUCCAUAUGAGACAUCCUUCAUAUGAGACAUCCUCCAUAUGAGACAUCCUUCAUAUGAGACAUCCUCCAUAUGAGACAUCCUCCAUAUGAGACAUCCUCCAUAUGAGACAUCCUCCAUAUGAGACAUCCUCCAUAUGAGACAUCCUUCAUAUGAGACAUCCUCCAUAUGAGACAUCCUCCAUAUGAGACAUCCUCCAUAUGAGACAUCCUCCAUAUGAUACAUCCUCCAUAUGAUACAUCCUCCAUAUGAGACAUCCUCCUACAGAGAGUUAUUAUAAUUCAGAUAGUUGUUUUGGCUGUGCUGCUGUUAUAUCUGGUAUGUUCUGCAGCCUGUGGUUCUGUUUCAGAGAGACUGAUCGUUAAGCAUACCAGUCUUCGGUAUGAGUACAUUUACAGUCUCUCUUUCUCCAUCUAUAUCUAUCUCUUUUAUCUCUCUUUCUCCCCACUCUCUCUCACAGGUUGAUGUUGUAGUACUCACAGUAGGUGAUGAAUACCAAUGGGAAUGCAUUCCACAAUACAUAACACACCUACGUAAAUGUAUUCAAUAUAAUAAAAAUAUCAUUUUAUUCAUGUAUUUAAUUCAUUAAUACCUCAAGCCCACAGUGAUCUGUUUAAGUGCUUGAUGUUUGAUGCAGUUAAAUGAUUGUAAACUGCAUCCGGGAACCCUGACAGUGCGUCCUUGACUCUUUCUCACUCUUGUGAAAUACAUGAGGUUGGUAAAGGCCCCAACUGUCGUGAUUUCUCCUCGUGGAACAUCAAACUGCCAGACCGAACUUUGUCAAUCCUGCAGAGUUGUUCUAUGCUAUGAGUGCUCCCUCUGAUGUCGCUCCUCUAUUAACCUAAUAAGAGGGGCUCUCAUCUGGCCGUUUCCAGCUGCAGUCAGUCCAUCUGCCUCUUUAGAUGUAUCCUUUCAGACGUCAUUACUGACUCAAUCUGGGUCAAAAUGGAACAAAAUGUCCCAUGAAAUUGAAGUUGUAUUUUCAUGAAAUGUCGUUUUGGAGGAAGAAUCUUUUAUAUUGGACAUUGGUAUCGAGAAAAGAUGUUCAUGAAUGUAUGCGAUCUUGGACUUUACACCGUUUUUUUUCCUCUAAUUUGUACUCUCUAGAUCGUAUGGAAGGUGCCAUUUAAAAACCUUACCCUGCGUGGCAUUUACUUUUUAAUAACAUUAAAGUACAUCAUGUCAUGGUCAUUUUGUUCCUUUUUCACACAAAAUGAAUUGCAGCAUUUCUUACCACUGAACAUCACCAUUUCAAAGAUCACACCUGUCAAUGUAACACACAUGCCAUGCUACGUGCAAUACUAUAAGUCAAGCUUCUAUGGAUCAAAAGUACUUGAUGAAAGUACCAGUUUGUUUUUGACCGGUGAAACAAUGACUGAAAUGGGUUGGGUUCUGGUUUUUAAACAAAUUGAGCUUCACUUGGUUUUGUAGCUCAUCUAAUCUUGAUCUAACCACAUCUUAUUUUAAUGCAUAUCCAGCUUUGUACAUAAUUCACAUUAUAACUAACAUGUCAGUUAUAUGAGCUGUCCUGAAGCAAAUUAAAAGAUUCACUAAACAUU